AUGUUGUUAUCAAGUCGUUCAAGUCCUCCCAAACCUUUGAAAAUCACUGGCUCGGAACGUCCUCAAUAUCUCUCCGUCAAAUACCUGUUACCACGGACACCCAUCCCAUCGCCAUCGCUACCAUCUAUCCUUCCACGACAUGGCAAGAAACCACCGAAGCUCAAUUCUCGGAAGAUCGUCCGAAGCUUACUCUGGCUGUCUGUCCUUAUUGGUGUCUGGUAUCUAUUAUCUUAUGGGAGGAGCACAACCAACAGUCUUUCCGACUUGACAUUUCUAACUUCAACGGGCAAGACAUACCAAAUUGUCGAGGCAUCCGAACUACCAAACCAUGCUACGCCGUUAUCAGUGACUGACUACGAUGGCCGGAAUUAUUGGACAAUUUCAAUCCCUUCAAACCUGGGAUUUCCUCUUCCCCACGCAGCCUAUGCGGAUGUUUGUUCACAGGUUGAAGAUGUGGCACGUCACGUCGCUGGCUCUGGAUGGCAGGAGGAACAACACCUGGACUAUUAUCAUAAUGAACCCAAUUAUAUCGAUGUGAAAGAAGCACAAUCCAGCCAUUUCCUACCACCCAGCAUCGACAUCUCCAGUGAACACCAUGGCCUCCCGAUCUGCGAGAGAUCUUUGACCUACAUUCUGGAUGCAGCCGAUCCCGGACUUGGCUCCACGCUGAUGGGGUUGUGGCUAUCCUACAGUCUCGCUGAACGUGAGGACAGAGCGUUCUUCAUCGAUGACACUCACUUCCCAUACGGAAGCUACUCGACCUUUUUCAACGGCAUGCCCGAACCCAAAUGCCGGCCACCACCAUCAGCCCAGCGAGUCCCCUGCCCACACCAAGCCAACCAUCUCGUCGUCUCCGCCGCCACCAGCGGUUGGAUGUUCGGCGCCGCAUUCCAGGAGACCUUUUCACAGCGAGAGAUCUUCGACAUGGCACGCCACGGCUACGAGGCACUAUUCCAACUACGCAGCGACGACGCCGAAUACGUGCGCGAACGAGUGCUGAAACUGCGCACGACGAAUGAUGACAACAACAACGUUGACGAAGACGAAGACGAAGACACGGUCCACGGCCUCGUCGGCAUCCACCUACGUCGCGGCGACCGCCACCCCUUCUCCUUCGCCCACCAGCUCGGCUACCUGCCACCGGAGACCUACCUGAGCGCAGCACGCAAACUGGUCGGGCCCUCCUCACAGUGGACACUCCUGCUCGCCUCCGACGACGCAGACAUGUACGACCACAACGAACUGCCCGGCACGAUCCGCGCCCAAACACGCAUAUCACUGGCGAGCAAGAAAAAGCUGUCUUCCGGCCUCGGCUGGGAAGGCGGGUUCUUCAAAGACGCGUUCUGGGCGCUCGGCCUGCCAGAACACGUCACGGCGCAGAAAGGCGCCGACGGGCCGCAGCCGACCAAGGGCAGGCCCUCCUCGUCCUCUUCUUCAGAGACCGGACAACAGCGGGACGACACCCCGGGCCCCCCACGGCCGCAGCCGCCGCGACAGAUGCUCGACGUGUCGCCGGAGGACCGAGACCGGGACUAUCGCACGCACCCGACCAAGGAGGCGCUGCAGCUGCGCGAGUUCCUCGGCCGCGCGUACCUGCUCGACCUGGCCAUGCUGGCGCACAGCGACAAGGUCGUCUGCGGCGUGAGCAGCUUCGCGUGUCGCAUCUUGGCCGUCAUGCUGGGCUGGGAUCGUGCGUUCGACGCCAGAGACUGGAUGAAUGUCGAUGGCAGUUUUGAGUGGAUAGCUUUUGAGUAG